GUCCUUUCUAUCGUCAGGACAGGAUCAAUCCACCCGCACCCUCGUCUACGCUGUCCGGGCUUACGCCUCGCCGGCCUGAGUGCGCCCCUGCCACUCGACCUACCCCGCUAGAUGACCUGUCGCCCAGGGGCACACGCGCGCUCCGGGAGCCGCCCAGUCUGUCGGCCGCCGUGGCGCGAGAGGGGUCCGGCUAGUGAUGCUGACGGGGCUCUGGUGCAGUGCAUGGGAUUUGAAGGCCAAGGACCCUACUAGUAAACAACUACUAACAUUCUGCAGAAUCGACAUGACCGCUACCACGAGCAAGGAGUCGGUGGAACAGCAGCUUGGCAACCUGUCCUCGCCAGCCAGCCCUACAGCAGCUGCCGCAGAAGUCGCUCCUGCGCCGGCUCGUAGUUCUGCAAGUAGCGACCAGGCGGCGCACGACACAGCCAGCGACCAUGGGAGUGAUGAUCCGAGCGUUCUGGGUGCAGAUUUUCGUCUCCUUCCACCGGACGGUAAUCGACUAGUGACGCGCUGGAGAAUGUUGAGCCGAGCUCUCCACAUUGACCAGGUUCCGGUGCGACACCUGCUCUCCUUUGGACUGGUCGCCUUGAUUGUGAUCCAGAUCGCCGUCCUGGUGACCAGAGAUCGGGGAGGCACUGGAGCAGAGCGCGUCGAGGCCCUUGCCUCUGCCGAAGCUCACGCGAAGCCCCUAACCUGUGAGAAGCCUGGAUGUGUGCUGCAGGCCGCCGAAACGAUAACAUUCAUCAAUGAUUCUGUCGACCCCUGCGAAAACUUCUUCGAGUUCGCGUGUGGCCGCUUCAAAGAGGUGCACCCAAGUCCAACGGGUGCAGAGUUCAACACUGCUGACCUGCUUCGAAUGAAAAACCGCCGUCAAGUACUGCGACUUUUGCGGGACGAUCAGUACUACAACAGCUCUUCUGCCAUCAGUAAGGCGCGUCUCUUCUUCUCCACUUGUAUGCGAGCCUAUCAGUACAGUCUCAACAAUGUACCCGACUUGGUGCACAUGCUGCAGCAGUUCGGUGGCCUCGACCUUUUCGGGACGUGGAGCUCCUACUCGUGGAACUUCAAUGACGUUCUCAUCAACGCCAGUGCAGUGCAUUUGCUCGACGCGUUCUUCGAAGCCAUCGUCUGGCGACCUGAGCUGAGUGUGGUUGACCUGCAUGUACCGGCGAAACUGGAUCUCACCCUGAGCAUUAGCACUCGACUUCAGGAGCCGCCACUGCCGCGAGUGGACAACCAAACCCGUCAUCUGAUCGGCGAGGUUCUGAGACAACUAGAGCUGGACACAAAGGACAGAAUCCAUCCACUGGCUCGUGACUGUAACAACACCUGCAUCGAAGAGAUGACAGAGGACAUCGUAGCCGUGCAAGAGGCUGUUCUGGCCAUCACUCCUAAGCGGGGGUUCUUUGCUCUGACGGCGGAACACGCGUACACCCUUGUUACAAUGCCUGAGCUGAUGGCUAUGGUGCCUCAGGUGAAGUGGAGACGUCUGCUAGACGCCAUGUUCGGCGUCGGUGUCGUGCCCGAUUCGGUGAGCUUCAGGAUACCGGGUCGCGCGUACAUGGCAGGCGUGAGUCGCAUCAUCGACGACACCCGCAUCAAGCGGCUUCACCACUUUCUCAUGUGGCCGGUGAUCAGACGCUACCUGGUGGCUCUGGGACCCGUGUACUCGACGCUCGGUGAAGAGCUGGACAGGAGCACUCGAGGCCGAGAGGUGGUAGAUUCAAGGGAAGUGCAGUGUACCAAGCUGUUGGGAAGCCAUAUGAUGCCCGCUCUCCAUGGGAUCCUCAUGGCCUCGCAUAUCGGAGAAGACAGAGUACAACAUGUUCGGGAUCAUCUCCUGAAACAGGCGCUGGUAGUCUUUGGCGACAACUUUGGCUGGAUGACUGACGAGUCGCGGACAGAGUCACUGAAGGUGUUGGAAAAAGUCCACGUGGACUUCGCUUUGGACAAUUUAAAGCAGACCCUUAACGGACUCGAUGAGUUCUAUGCGCCCCUCCAGUUCCGCAAACUAAAGUUCUUCGAUAACUUGCGCAAUCUGUAUGCUUUCAACAAGCCUGGGAAGAUCAGUGGUGGGUUCCAAGUCCGGAGGAGAGUGGAUGACCUCGGCAUGACCUACGACCCGAGAUCCACCACGCUGACUGUGCCGUUCGGAUCCCUCCAGAUUCCGUGGUACCACCCGGACGUCCCGGACUACUUGAACGCGGCCACGCUCGGAUCUCUGGUGUACAACACUCUAGCCGACAACUUCGUACUGAGUCCAGUCUCGCCGGAUCUGACGUACCUUUGGGACCACGAGACGCAGCAGCGCUUCCGAAAGUUCGCACUUUGCAUUGAAACGGCGCUGCGAAACACUUCAACACCGAAAACGGAUAGUAUACUGACAUUAUUCGCACAUCCCCGCAACAUCUCAUCAAACUUGUCAGCUGAUACUAUCGCUGCGAUCAGUUGCUUCGUCGCGUACCACAGUUCCUACCGCUUGUUUGACCGUCUCAGAAAUCAAGGACAGACAUUCAUCCUGCCCGGGAUGCACCACACCACCCCCGAAAAGGCUUUUUACCUGUCGUUCACACACACGCGCUGCACCAACGGCCUUCCUCUGCUCGUCCUUCCAGCUGACAUCUCUGGCAACAGCAGGGUUAUCAUCAUGCCCAAGGAGCCCGAGCUUCUCAAUCAUCUCUUUCUGAGUGACCCCACCUUUCGCGAGACAUACCAGUGCAAAGGUCCAGUGCCGCCCGAACAUGCCAUGGGCCUAUGCUCCCUGUUCUGAUGCAGGGCCUACGUGCAGAUCUUGUACAGUUUGUUGAUAGUUUUUGUGCCAGAAUUUAGCUUCUCGAAAUUGAAAUGACACUGAUUCAAUAUCUUGUCGAAUUUGUGCGUUAUCGUACUGUGCAUUUUGUCUGGUUCCUAAUGGAUCAGUAUUACACUUGUGCAAUUUCGACUGUAAUCGUGUCGUAUGGUACGCGGCUUUGCCAUGCAACAUGAGCGUUUGAUACAAGCCUCUUACGAGAAUAGUACCCAGUCGGACAAUGUGGGUAUGAUGAGGGAUAAUGCCGGUAUUCUCUGCUGGUUCUCUGCUUUGCCCAUCGUGUGUGAUAUUGUCGCUAGAAAUACAUGAAAUGAAGGCUCGGGA